GGGGGCUGAGCGCUCUCCUUUCUUGCUCGUGUGCGAGAAUUGAAUUGUUUGUUUUGGUUAACCAGCUCCUUAUUUGUAAAUCAUUGCAAAUGUCAGGUGGAAGGAGCAAAGACAGUGCAGCGUGUGUUCCCCGGCUGGGGAAAAAGUGAGUGAGCUGAGAAAUGCAGAACUCGAGUGGAGACGGUAAUGGUCAAGAUUCGCACCCACAUUACUCGCUGAACUUCCCUGCGGCUCCAAGUUCAGAAUCGUUCUACCACAACAUAUCGUCCAACCCAAGUGUGCCUAAUAUCCCUGGACUCUUGAGACUAGCUCCAACUUCGCCAAUGGGUAUGCCUGUGGUGUCUAGUGGAAUCCAAACUGUUGCUGGUGCAAGCCAUGGAUACACAGUUCCUGGCAGCAAUACCUUGAAAAGAUCAGCCCAGGAGGCUGGUUUCACUGACCAGAGGCAGUGUGAGAUACCCUCAUCAGAUGAUGAUAACUCAUUAUCAGAGAAGUUCUCCAUUCCUCAAACAUCUGUGUCACCUUCGGAGGGCCCUCCGAAGACAUCAGAGCCUACUCAACCAGUGAAGAAAACAAAAGGAAGGGUAAAAAUCAAGAUGGAGUUUAUUGACAAUAAGCUAAGAAGAUAUACAACAUUUUCCAAGCGGAAGACUGGCAUCAUGAAAAAGGCGUACGAGCUGUCGACGCUGACCGGCACGCAAGUGAUGCUGCUGGUGGCCUCGGAGACGGGCCACGUGUACACGUUCGCCACGCGCAAGCUGCAGCCCAUGAUCACGUCGGAGGCGGGCAAGGCGCUGAUCCAGACGUGCCUCAACUCGCCCGAUCCGUCGUCGUCGGCCGCCGCCGGCGACCAGCGCAUGUCGGCCACCGGCUUCGAGGAGACGGAGCUCUGCUACAACAUCAACGAAGACGAGCAGAAAGAGUACGAGGAGGAGGAGGAGGCCGAAGAGGAGGAAGACGAGGAGGAGGGCCCCUCGGCGCGCGGCGGUGCUGGUGGCGGUCGUAGCAGCAGCAGCAGCAGCAGUAACGGCUACCCGCGCCGGGCGGGGCCCGCGCCGCCGGCGCCGGCCGGCGUCAGCCUCUCCCCGGCCGCCGCCAGGAGUAUCGGCUCGUCGGCGCUGCUGGUGAACACGUCGACGCCGUCGGUGGCCGCCUCGAGCGGCGCGCACUCGCUCAUCACCUCCCAGCUGCUGUCGCAGAUCAAGCACAGUCAGCUGGCGCUGCAGCUGGCCGCCUCCUCCGCCCAGCAGCCGACGGCCAGCACCGAGCCCUCCCGUAUCAUCACCACGCCCAUGCCGUCGCUGUUCCACACGCCGUCGGGCAUGCUGCAGCUGCCCGAGGGUCUGGUGCUGCUCAACAGUCCGUCGACGGUGAUACAGGCCGUCAAGAGCGAGCACGCCGGCGAGCCGCCCAACACCACGCAACCAACAGACCUCUCCAAGUCCCGCGUCAUCAACCAUGUCUCGUAGACCCGCCUGCUGCGCCGGCCGGGGCGCGUUCCGACGAGCCCUCUCCGACGCCGACCCGGGCGAGCGCCGUCUCUCAAGACGAGGCUCCGACCGGCGCCUCUGGUUGGACGGCAGCUGUGCUCAGUACGUCGUCUCUGGUCGGCCCGACGGGGCCCGGCCGGCUCAACCCCCGCGCCGCCUCCCGACGUCCAGUGACGGCUGCGUGCCGGGGUCGACGGCCGGCGGAGGUGCUAGGCGUGACUACCAGUGAGAGGCGGCGGCCGCUGCACCGGAGGGCGGCCGCUGGCGGAGACCGACCCGACCUCGACCCCGCGCGGAGCAAGAGCAGCGGCGGCCGGCUCGCCUGCGCGCGUGUGUGUAGUGAUAGUCCUGGCUGAGGUGGUGUUACUGCGCGUCUAACGCCCAUAUCUUCUUUCGAAAGGACUGAAACGCACCGCUGCACUGAGGAUGAUCUGCGCAAAUGAUAUGAGCGUUGAGAAAGACGGCCUUUACACAAAUCUCGUGGCCCAAGCACGGCUCCUCUGCUGAAUGCAUGACAUUCAGACAGCAUCUGCGAUCCGUGUGGUUCUUAGGCUUCAUGAAAGUAUCUCGCUCAGUUCUUCAUGUCCUUUUGUACAGUGCUGCUGAGCAGGAUUAGUGUUUCUCAUCGUUUCGCACCUGAAUACGUUGCUUUGUUUUCGUCUGUCCUGCGACUAAUAGCUUGGUGGGUG